AUGGGUGGGGAUGAGAGGAGUAGGGAUGGAAGGAGUGGGGAUGAGAAGAGUAGGGAUGAGAGGAGUAGGGAUGAGAGGAGUGGGGAUGAGAGGAGUAGGGAUGACAAGCUUGGCUGCACUAACAAGCCCCGCGAGGUCCUCAAGACGUUGCCGCUGCGCCCCAGCUUUGCCAACUCGAUUUCUGAAGCCUCGACCUGCUCAGUUGAGCACCCUUUGCCUCCUGAGUCUGAUCGAUACGCAAUCAAAUAUCAAGAAGCUUUGCAAGAAACUGUUUCCCCCGGUCACAUCUGGCUCAAGAUUCAAGACACUGAGGUCCUUGAAUUCACCAAGGCCUUGGACACACCGAGUCCCCCACGGGCCAGGCUCUGGAGCCACCCACCGCCGCCCCAUGAGUGGCGUGGGCCGCGCGUCGCGCCCUUGGCGGGGCAGCCUCGACCUCCUGCGCCGUCGCGGUCGCCGCGCUGGUCGCUUAGUGGCAAUUAUUUCAACUCCCCGACGCUGACCUGCUGGUCUCGAAUGCGUAGAACAUCCUCGGUAAUCACCCCCAGAUACCAUCCACUGAACCACCAGACCAACUAUACGCAUAUAAAUCCAUUCACUCUUCCACCUGCCCUGCCGUCCAUCCAUCCUACCUUCUACCUGUCCUCACAUCCUCCCGUCCACCCAUCCUCCCGUCUACCCAUCCUCCCAUCCUUCCGUCCUCCCGUCUACUCGCCCACUCAACGUCCCAUGGGCGCGCGAGUGCCCACAUUCCUGUCCUGCCAUCAGUGCCCUCACUCCUGUCCUGCCAUCAGUGCCCUCAUUCCUCACCUGCCAUCAGUUCCCUCAUUCCUGUCCUGCGAUCAGUGCCCUCACUCCUUCCCUGCCAUCAGUGCCCUCACUCCUUCCCUGCCAUCAGUGCCCUCACUCCUUCCCUGCCAUCAGUGCCCUCACUCCUUCCCUACCAUCAGUGCCCUCAUUCCUGUCCUGCCAUCAGUGCCCUCAUUCCUUCCCUACUAUCAGUGCCCUCACUCCCUCCCUGCCCUCAGUACCAUACCCUUUUUCUACGUUACGUGCCCUUAUUCCGUCAUCUUCCGUAGAUUUGCUAUCUAA